AUGCUCCGCUUCGGACGCCCGCGCAGAGACGAGGGCCACGUUGCUUUUGUGGUGCCGGGUAGCAAGAGCUCAGCUAUGGCUUCCGCGGACUCCCGGCGGAUGGGGAAUGGCGACAGUGUUGGGGGCGCCUUCCAGCUCUACCUGGACUCCUUGCGGCAGGAACUGCGGCAGAGGGACCCGACGCUGCUGUCAGUCGUGGUGGCGCUCGUCGCGGUGCUGCUGACGCUGGUGUUCUGGAAGUUCAUCCGUAGCAGAAGGAGCAGUCAAAGAGCUGUUCUUCUUGUUGGCCUUUGUGACUCCGGGAAAACAUUGCUUUUUGUCAGAUUGUUAACAGGCCUUUACAGAGACACUCAGACUUCCAUCACUGACAGCUCUGCUGUCUACAGAGUCAACAAUAACAGGGGCACUAGCCUGACCUUGAUUGACCUCCCUGGCCAUGAGAGCUUGAGACUUCAGUUCUUAGAGCGGUUUAAGGCUUCAGCCAGGGCUAUUGUGUUUGUUGUGGAUAGUGCAGCCUUCCAGCGAGAGGUGAAAGAUGUGGCAGAGUUUCUGUAUCAAGUCCUCCUUGACGCCUUCCAGCGAGAGGUGAAAGAUGUGGCAGAGUUUCUGUAUCAAGUCCUCCUUGACAGUAUUGGUCUGAAGAACACACCGUCAUUCUUAAUCGCUUGCAAUAAGCAAGACAUUACAAUGGCAAAAUCAGCAAAGUUAAUUCAGCAGCAGCUUGAAAAAGAAAUCAAUACUUUACGAGUCACCCGUUCUGCUGCCCCCAGCAUACUGGACAGUUCUAGCAUUGCCACUGCUCAGCUGGGAAAGAAGGGCAAAGAAUUUGAAUUCUCACAGUUGCCCCUCAAAGUGGAGUUCCUGGAGUGCAGUGCCAAGGGCGGAAGAGGGGACGCUGGCUCUGCUGACAUCCAGGACUUGGAGAAGUGGCUGGCUAAAAUCGCCUGAGGGCCAGAUCCAAACACAAGAGGCGAAUGUGUAUGUGUGUGACUGAUGGUUUUGGAAAAGGAUGUGGUAGUCUGGAGUUGAUAAAGAAGGGGUACAAAUAUAGUUAGGAACUUUUCCUUGUUCUGGAAACAAAUUAUUGUUGAAACCAGUGUGGAAGUUUUUAAGUUCAGUUCUCCCUUAUGGCUUUCAAGCUCGUUAGUUUUAUUUGAUUCAUGUCUUCCCUUUUCAAAGUGUGUGUGAGUUCCCUUUAGCAUAUGCUUGAUGUAAGGUCAAGGUCUAUCAAGUCGACCUCACGUAGAGAGGAUAUUAUCAUGAGAAUAUAAUAUCAUCUAAAAUGUU